AGCAAUUAAGCUUUUAAAUUCUUCUGAUGGUCAGUUAGACUGGAUAUUAUAAUUUGAUUGAUUAGUAUUAAAUUUAUUAUCUACAUGCAUAAUGUGAAUCGUCAUUUGUCUGAGCGAAUGUAUGCUGCAAACACAAUUCCUCUUCAGGGAUAAAUAAAUACUGAACUGAAAAUAUGUUCAAUACAGCAAAAUUUGUAUUUUUGGUAAAACUUUUUUUCUAGUAUUUUUAAUUCAUGUUUGUGGAAAUCUGGCACAAAGUUGGUGUCAUUUAUGUUUCAUGUCAUUUCAGCUGCAGUUUUGUUCAUAAGCCUAACCUUGUGUAAACUCCAAAUAAAGCUGUACAUGUCUGAAUACAUUCACAUGAUGACAAACAGAUUAACACAGCAGCUGUGGGUGUGUCCAUCACCUGACAGCCCCGUUGAACCCUGACCGGUUCAGUUUCAUAUAUAUACUGCCCCAAACACACACACGUGUCCAAGCAAACACUCUCAAACACACACCGUCUGAACACACGAGUCAAGCAGCUGUCUUAAGAAAACACUCUCUGAGAUGUUCACUGUUGAUUAUGAGUUCGGCAUGACUCUCUCAUAUGCAGCGAGAUCUUAAUAAUCAUGAAAGCUGCACUGGAUAUCACUACAUCUCCUCUCAUCACAGGUGAUAUAUCUGAACAGAUUUUAAAUCAUGUUUUUAGGGCAGAAAUUAUUUAAUUUUGAGUUCUUUCCUUUGUAAUCAAAGAUUUUUAAAUGCAUUUUUGAUGUUUUAAUGAAACACUUGAAUGAAGAGUUAAUGUAUGUGAUGUAUUAACUACACAGUGUCUCUCCAAAGAAGAGAUUAAAUGAUUAACACACAAAGGUGUGAGACCGAGAUGAAGAAGACACAAACCAGUGAAAACACUGUGAGACGGAUGAGCUUGAAUGAUAUAAGACUGAACUUCUCUGCUGCUCCACACACACCGGAGAAGAGAGAUUCUGAUGCAUCAAACAGAGCCCAAUGUCAGGUGUUUAUUCGUCAUGUCUUACGGUGGAUCAGGUUCAGGUUCUCGAAGUGAAUUCAGUGUUCAUUUCUCCAGCAGAGGUGGAGCAGGACUCAUCAGAGCUGAAGAGGCCGCAGGAAUCGCCUUACUGGCCGUGAUCCUCACAGCGCUGCUCAUCCUGGGCUGCUGGUAUUACCGCCGGCGGGGCGGAUACAAGAUGAUCCGGAGCGUGAGAAACAGCGGUCAGUGGUGGAGAGAGAUGAUGAGAGCGGGUCAGUACAGGGAGACUGGAUCCGGAGAGGAGAACAAAGUGGCCUUGAACGAAUUCAGCAACCUGCAAACAACUAUUCCUAACGUUCCUCCAUCCUACGAGAAGAUCGCCUCCGGACCUUCACCUCCUCCUUACUCACCAUGAGUCACAGACUUGAGGAAAAUCUGUGGAUUUCUAUAAUGUUUAUGUGAUGAACGAUCACACAGUACAAGUGAUGAUACACGGCAGGAGUCCAUCGGUUCUGCAGCAUUCAGCUCCAAUCUUGAUUAAGUCUCACCUGCCUGUAGCUUUCUAUUAAACCCUGGACAUAGAUGAGCUUCUUCAGGUGUGUUUGAUCAGGGUUAGAGCUGAACUCUUCAGGACUGUGACUCUCCAGGAACAACUACCAAAGCCUGUGGACUAUAACAUAACACUACUGUGCCUUUUAAACACAAUGUCAUUCUUUAGACCUGAGGCUAAUAAAGUUAAAUAUUCAUUUAAUCCAAAAAA